AUGCAUCCUCAUCGAGUCCAGCAUACGUAUCAAGAUCUGCACGUGCAGACCUUGAAACGAGCCACAGCUUUAGAGGAACAAGGGUAUACAGUCGUGAGCCUAUGGGAACACGAGUUUGACCAGCAAGUUCAAAACAACAUCGAAUUACAAACGUUUAUACAAGAAGUCAAUAUUCAGGACCCCUUAAAUCCUCGGGAAGCCUUAUAUGGAGGUCGUACCAAUGCUACUCGCCUGUAUUGCAACGAGGGAGACAUGCGAUACGUCGAUGUGUGUUCCUUGUAUCUUUACGUUCUGAAAUACAAACCGUUUCCCACCGGGCAUCCUCAAGUCAUCACCAGCGAUUUCAAGAAUGUGAGAGAGUACUUUGGUCUCAUUCAUUGUCGUGUCUUACCACCACGAGGUCUGUAUCACCACGUCUUACCCUAUAAGACGGGAGGAAAAUUACUCUUUCCCUUAUGUCGAACCUGUGCCGAACAUCGCAACUUAGACCCUGACGAGCGAUGCCAGCACACCGAUUCACAGCGUAGUCUGACUGGCAGCUGGGUGACUACAGAACUUCACAAAGCCUUAGAUUUAGGAUAUCGUCUCGACCGCAUCUAUGAAGUCUGGCAUUUCGAAAACUCCAGUCAGGACUUGUUUCGAUCUUACAUCGAUACUUUUUUAAAAAUUAAACAAGAAGCUUCCGGAUUCCCCGAUCAUUGUCAAACGAGCGAACAAAAACAAAGCUACAUCGAUGAGAUCCGACGACGAGAAGGUAUCUUUAUGAAUCUUUUAGACAUCGAGAAAAACCCUGUCCGAAGAACCAUAGCUAAGCUCUUUUUAAAUUGUCUGUGGGGAAAAUUUGCUCAAAGAUUACAAUUACCGAAAACCCAGUAUCUGACCGAAGAAGAAGAAUUACAACAAAAAAUAGUAGACGCCACUUUAGAAAUCAAAGGAAUCGAGCUCCUAGAAAAUCGAGAUCAUCCGGAAACUGACAUGAUGUUAAUCAAUUAUCAAGAGAAAGAAGAAUUCCUAGAAGACUGUCCUUUUGGAAACGUAGUGCUGGCUUGUUUUACCACAGCGUAUGCUCGUUUACAUUUGUACGAGACGUUAGAGCCUUUGGGGGAACGCGUCCUCUAUUUUGAUACGGAUAGUAUUAUCUAUCAACAUGACCAGACCCAAUUUAAUCCUACCAUUGUCAACAGUUUAGGCGGCUGGACCGAUGAAUUGAGUGGAGAUCGUAUCAUCAAGUACAUGUCGGGAGGACCUAAAAAUUAUGCAUACGAGACCGAAGGAGGCAAAUCUGUGUGCAAAGUCAAAGGUUUGACUCUGAAUUAUCGGGCUUCUAGGAUCGUCUCGCUCGCUACCUUAGAAAAAAUGUUAAAGGGAGAAGAAGAAGAAGUCAAUGUGCGUUAUCCUCACUUCAUUCAGAGAACGCGCCAGCACGAUGUUCGCACCAUCCCCUUAGUGAAAAAAUAUCGCAUGGUGUAUGAUAAACGCCAGCGGGUUCAUCAUUAUAACACGCUUCCUUAUGGGUAUUAG